AUGUCGACCGGUCCUGCAAACUCUACCGAGGCUGCCAACGCCGUUGCCGCUGCCAACGCUGCUGCCGCUGCUUCAGCCGCCACUGCUGCCGCCGCCUCCGCCGCGGCCGCAUCAACCGUGGCACCCGCCACCUCUGCCGUUGUUGCCUCCACUUUUAGUGGUGGCCCUUUUGGUGGUCCAACACUCCCUUUCAUGUUUGGUGCUAACCAAACGACUCUUGGAGGAGAUAGUUCCGUGCAAGGAACGGUUGGCCAAACCUCGUUUGGGUCAACAUUUGGUUCCACUUCGAGUGGUUCCAUGGGGUCCAUGUUUGGACAGAACGGUUGGGGCCUUCGGGACCAACGUGGUGAGCCAUGGCAACAUGGCGGGAUCGGUGCCAACGCAGCCCCCGAGGGCAAAUGCGAUAGCCGAAAAGCCACCUAA